AUGCACUCCCCGAACAUCGACCCAUUCACCGAUCGCGAGCUGGAGCGAGCUGAUAUGUUCAUCGAUGAAGCGCGCGCUCUGUACCCAUCCGAAGCGCACAGAAUCACGGGCACACGUCAACUGAGCACCAUUCUGACAUCCAUGGAGCUUUUCCUUACAACCGGCCCUAAGGGCCUCGUCAGUUUCAAACCUGACGGGGUUGUUAUGGCACAAACAAAGCAAGCUGACGCGACGCCCACGCCGGGAUUCCAUCCGGUCUCUAUGGUCACCGAAACGAAAUGGGAGUUCGGCAAAUCCAGUAGCGACCCAGCAGCCCAAGCUGAAUGCGUGUACAUCGCUAUCUACACGUCUGACGAGGCCGCGCCUUUCCGAGAAGUCUGCUGCUGCCCCACAAUACUUAUCGCCUAUGGAGGCCCAAACAUUCAGGUCCUUGGGGCUGUCUUCGCCGAUAAUAUCAUCAUCUACCCUCUCACCGACUAUAUCUCGGUCAUUCCGCGUGGUGCCAUGCCGGCAGGUUCGCAUCACGCGUCCACCGCUCUAUCCGAACAUGCGAGUUACUAUCGCAUUGCUCGACUUCUACGCGGCCUUCUCUUCGUCCGCUCAUAUCUGGAGACGUACUACCAGGAUGUGUUCAACAAGAUGCCCGAGGCGUUGCGUACGGAGUUACAGUCGGCACCGCGCGGGCCGCCGAAGGCCAAAGGGAAAUUGGGCAAAGCUCGGGUGUCCCCAAGCAAGUUUGUUGGCCCUUACUUUGAAUGCUUCACCGAUGUCGAAGGCCGCCAAGUCACUCUCACGUAUACGGGCCGCCUACGCGCAGACGAAUAUCGAGACAAGGCGCUCUUCCUUGCGCAGGCGACCGUAGCGCCGGCGGGCUCCACCGACCAGUCAUCUACAUUCUCGAAAUCGUUCACCGUGGUUGUCAAGUUCACAUUCCAAUACGGCGAGGAGGGACACAAAUUGUUAGAGCCUGAGCAUGCGCCGAAGUUGUGGUAUUGUGCAAGGGCGAACGACACCAGUAUGUGGAUCGUUGUCAUGGACUUCAUCCAAGGCAAGGAUGUCAACGAGGACCGCAGUCUCACCAGAGUGCAAGGCAAAGAUCUCAGGAAGGCCCUAUCGCGUUUGCACGAAGUGGAUCUGGUCUUCGGCGACGUUUGUGCCGCCAACAUUAUCACCGUCGGUCAUACCAUCAGGCUGGUCGAUUUCGACUGGUGUGACAAGGUCAACAAAGCGCAUUAUCCACCAAACCUCCCCAUUCGCACUAUGGGAUACCACCGAGACGCGAUUCGUGGGGGUCUCAUCAAAAAGGAGCAUGAUAUACAUAUGUAUGGGAAACUAACGAUGACGGACACGUCGAAGCUGAAGACGUUGUGA